UCUUAUUUCUUUCUACCCAGUUCGACCCUCUCUCUACGGUGUACUAUUCAUCAUCUUCCUCCUCCAUUCUCCUUCAUCUUUCACUCAACUUCAAGCCAAAAACUUGGGUUUUUGUGGGAUUUUCGGGUUUCUCUCUAGAUUUCUAGGUGUUCUUGAGUCUUUGGUGAAACUUUUGAGCUUUCUCCAAGAGGUAUCAUACUCAUCAUCGCUCAUCUAGCCAAGAUGUCAAGACGUCAAACCGAAGCGAGCAAGAGGCCUAGGGAAGAAUCCUCCUCUGGCCCCGUGAGGAAGAUUCAUUCUGAACGGAAUGUUGACUUGGUUAGAGCCACCUCCUAUCCUCCUCUUGUCACUCUUAGGGCUUAUAUUUCAUCUAGAGGGUUGACCAACUUAGCUUCCAAAAAUGAUGCAUUUGAUGAAAGUUGUGUUAGAGACUUCUAUAGGGGUUUUCCUCCGGCUAAGCCUACUAUUAAGGAAGUUGUGGUUAAGAUUCGAAAGAAGCAAAUCACACUCAGUCCGGCAUUCAUUCAAGAUUUUCUUGAUUUGCCACAUAUUUCGGAGGAUGAAAUAGAAAAAUUUGAGGACAAAUACAAUGAGUUAACACUACCUUAUCUUGCGGAGCAUGUGCUAGAGAGUAAAGAUGCAUAUAAGAGUAGAGUUGGCCAAAAAGUUCAUCAAGGUGAUUUUCCUCAACCUUAUCGAACCUUUUGGCAAUUUGUUAGGAGAAAUAUUAGUCCUCACACCCAAAAGUCCGAGAUCCCUACGGUUGGUGGCAACAUUCUUGUUCUUAUGGUAGCGAAUGAGAUUCCUAUCCCAUUUGCCCUUAUUAUCUAUGAGGCCAUCAUUUUGUGUGCUUAUGGUUCGCCUAGGAGCCAAUUAGUAUUUCCUUGUCUCAUCUCACGCAUUUGUAAGACCAAAAAGGUUCCACAAAUGUCACGUGACGAUAAGUGGCUCAAGGCUUAUUCUCCAUUAGAUGAUGAAGCCAUUCUUAGGAGUGAGGCCCAAAUUACCAAUGCUAGACAUGGUACCCCAUCUUCUUCCUCCAUUCCCACUCCAUCUAGCAUUUCCACUAGCUUUUCUUUGAGUUCCUUUGACAUCUCAACUUUGAAAGGUCGGGAUGCUAGAUUAUUGGCACGCCUUCAAAUCCGUCAAAAUGAGGAAAUAAUGAGAGGAAUUGGUACUAUCAUGGCUCGGCUUGAUUUGAUGGGAGCUCCACCGGCUCCUAUGGGUCCCUCCUUUGUACCACCUUCUGGCGACAUGGAUGUUGAUGAUGAUGAGAAUGGCAAUGACGAUGAUGGGGAGGAUGCUUGAAGACUUUGUUUGUUGUUUGUUUAGUUCUUUUAGUCAUUUAUUGUUAGUUGUGUUUAGUACACUUUUUAUUUCUCGGUUUUAUUUUGUAACCCCUAAUGUUUUAGGAGGGGGGACUUCAUUUUAGUUAUAGCUUCAUAUUGUUUUUAGCCAUUUUUGCAACAUUUUAUGGCUAAGCAUUUGUUCAUUCACGAUCAUAUUCUUGAAGCAUGUUGGUACUUUUGUUUUCUUCUUCACUUUGUUGUUUGAAUAAUGUUGGGUUUGAUGUUGAUUUUUGAUGGAGAAUUUCUUGCUCAAUGACGAUGUUUGGCACUAUUGGAGUUGGAUUGCAAGGCCCUUGCCUUGUUGGUUAUAUGUUGGUGUCUUGCUUGGAAUUCAUGGACUUCAAGGGGGAGAAAUCUCUAACUUACUCUUGUCAUUAUUUACUCUUGUCUCUAAUUUCAAUUUGUGAUUAUUUACUUGUUUCUUUUUGUUUUAUAAAUAACUUGUGUUUUUCUUUCAUACUUGGACUUUUCAUUGAAAUUGCUUUCAAGAAAAUACUUUGUAACAUUGAGGACAAUGUUAAGUUCAAGUGUGGGGGGAUUGUGUGUUAUUGUUUUAUGAUUAAAUAAAUAAAUUAAAAUAAAAAAAUAAAAAAAAUUAAAAAAAAA